AUUAUUUUUUGUGUUAUCUUUGUUAUGACAUAAAAAUCAGUUUCUUCGAUUUAUUCGGUUGAAACGGUUAAAAUACCUAAUCAUAUUUAUAUAUAGCAGUUCCAUAAAAAUAACAUUCAUUCGGUUUAUUCGGUAUUAUCAAAUUCCAACCACUUUUUCUAUUUUGGUUUUGUUUUACUUAAUUCGGCUUUAUUAAAUUAAACAUUUUUAGUAAAACUUUUGGAUUUACGGAGUGAUUAUGGUACGAUUAUAUACGUAUAUUAAUCUAUCAAAUAUAGUGUAAAUAACAUUUUAUUUUUUUGUUAUGCAUCAUCCAUUUUUGUUAUGCAUCACCCUGAGCAAUCACCCUGAGCAAAGAGUAGUUCUUAAUUCUAAGUUCUUAAUCCUAGCAGUUUUGUAAAUGGCUCUUGAUGUCAUUUCCUAUAGAAAAUUGUCACCAUUCGUAAAAAUCACGCUAGCUAGAAAUCAUUUUCCCAUAUAGGGACGUCUCAGUCAGCAAAGGAAACAUUGAACUGAUUGAAAAGAAAUAUGUGGGUCCUAGAUUUUGAAUUAUUAUAGAUUUUAUUUUAACUAAAAAGUAUUAAAUAAAAUAAGAAAAGGCCACCGCGAGGAGCGACCAUGACUAUCUAUCAGAGUAAUCAUAUCUUGUUUUGAAAAUUCUUCGCGGAAUAGAGAAAGGGAUUAACCAACUUGACCAUUCGCCGCUUCGCUUUUCAAAUCCACUUUCCUGAGAAAAUCUCUGAAUCGGGUUUCGUUUAUUGUCUCGGGCAGGGGCUUUUAAUGAACUGAAGUUGAAUAUACUUUGAGAACUCUCGAGCUUUUUUUUUGUGUGGGAAUAAGGGUCUGUUGAUUCUUGGGUGGGAGAAGAUGGAGAAGUACGAGCUGGUUAAAGAGAUCGGUUCUGGGAACUUUGGAGUGGCGAGGCUGAUGAGGGUCAAAGACUCCAAGGAACAUGUUGCCAUGAAGUACAUCGAGCGUGGCCCCAAGAUCGAUGAGAACGUGGCAAGGGAGAUUAUUAACCACAGAUCACUUUGUCAUCCCAAUAUUAUCCGGUUUAAGGAGGUGGUUUUGACACCAACGCAUAUAGCUAUUGUCAUGGAAUAUGCUGCUGGUGGUGAGCUAUUUGACCGUAUAUGCAGCGCUGGUAGAUUCAGUGAGGAUGAGGCAAGAUACUUUUUCCAGCAGCUUAUAUCAGGAGUCAGCUACUGCCAUGCUAUGAAUAUAUGCCACAGAGAUCUGAAGCUCGAAAAUAUUCUCUUGGAUGGAAGUCCUGCUCCACGCCUGAAAAUCUGUGAUUUUGGUUAUUCCAAGUCUUCAGUUCUGCACUCUAAGCCCAAAUCAACUGUUGGAACUCCAGCAUACAUUGCACCCGAGGUUCUUUCUCGUAGAGAAUAUGAUGGCAAGAUGGCUGAUGUAUGGUCAUGUGGUGUGACUCUUUAUGUCAUGCUUGUUGGGGCAUACCCAUUUGAAGACCCAGAGGAUCCCAAAAACUUUAGAAAAACAAUGCAAAGAAUAAUGGCUGUUCAGUACAAGAUCCCUGACUAUGUCCAUAUCUCACAAGAUUGCAAACAUAUCCUCUCCCGUAUAUUUGUCGCUAAUCCACUCAAGAGGAUUACAAUAGCUGAAAUCAAGAAACAUCCAUGGUUCUUAAAGAACCUGCCACGGGAGCUUACUGAGAUAGCUCAAGCUGCAUACUACAGGAAAGAGAAUCCGACGUUUUCUCUACAGAGCGUUGAAGAGAUCAUGAAGAUUGUGGAAGAGGCAAAAACACCUCCUCCUGUUUCUCGAUCUGUAGGAGCAUUUGGGUGGGGAGGAGAUGGAGAUGCAGAGGAAGAAGUUGAGGAAGUAGUAGAAGAAGACGAAGAAGAUGAGUAUGAUAAGACGGUGAAGCAAGUCCAUGCAAGUGGAGAAAUCCCUAUCAGUUAAAAGAAAAAGUAUUGGUUGUUUUGUUUUUGUAAAAGAAAAAGUUCUCGUUGGUCUGUUGAAUUUAUCUUUAGUGGUUUUUUGUUUGGUUCGUAAAUUUGAAGAUUUCUCUUGUGGUUUGGCAUUUGUAUAAGUUCUGUAAAAUCUGCAGUAGAAAAGACAGGUUGAUGAUGA